AGCGAGCGCAAGAAUGGAUUUGUGGACAUGCCCCAGACGGAGCAGGUUGAUGAAUCCUUCAGGUCAUUUAAGCUUGUUGGCCUUGAGUCGGACCAUACAAUCAGCCUUACGGGCAAGAGAGAGGAAGUCCUGCUCCUGUCGUGGCUCAUCGUGCUCCUGCGGACCCGAGAAGACAGCCAGUUCUCGUUUGACUGGAGCCACCGGAAUCAGCAAGAUGACGUCGCCAAUGAUUUUGAAACGCGCUCGCUGUCGAUGAGUGAGGUUGUGUCGGAUUUGCGCAACCUAGUGGGACAAACCGCUACAGACCUUGUUCCUCGCGUCACAGCAGCCACGUCCAGUCCGUACACGGCUGCGACCAACCCUACCUCCCUUCUCUUGAGCACAGGCUCCCUAUCCCAAACCUCCACGGAAUCCAGAGAUGAGGGAAUCCUCCACCUAGAAACCCGCUUCCACGAUGAUCGACUCGAGAUCCGCCCGGCAUGGUGGACUGGAAGUAUGCUGCCAUACACGAUAACGCGAUACAUCGAUAAUCUCGUUGAGACGGUCAAACUAUGUCUCGCGCAUCCCAAUACAUCCGUUGUGGAGCUCACUCGGCCAACUGAAAGCGACAUUGGCGAGAUCUGGCGGUGGAAUCAUCAGCUCCCCACAUUUUACGACUUUUGCAUGCACGAUAUGGUUUCCGAACGGGCCCGUAGCUUCCCAGAUAAGGUGGCGAUAUCAUCGUGGGAUGGCGACCUGACGUACGGCCAGAUCGAUCAAUACUCGACAUUCGUGGCUGUAUCUCUGCGGGAAAUGGGAGUCAAGCUGCAUGAUGUCCUGCCCGUAUGCUUUGAGAAGUCCAAAUGGACAAUCGUCGCUGUGCUGGCGGUCAUGAAAUCGGGCGCAACCUUCGUGCUCAUGGACCCAACGCUGCCUCUUGCGCGUCUGCAGAACGUGGCGACACAAGUGGGCGCUGAGGCGAUGCUGACAUCUCGCAUGCAGCAGGGUCUGUUAGCAUCCAUCAUACCAAGUGAAAGACAGAUUGUCGUGGAGGCAGAGCUGUUCACCGACUUACCCGAUGUGCAGGCCAUGUCCCCGUUACCGGUCGUUCCGUCAUCGGCCUUGAUGUAUAUGAUCUUCACCUCGGGCAGCACCGGCACUCCGAAAGGGGUCAAGAUCUCCCACGAAACCUAUACCAGCAGUGCCAUUCCUCGAGCAAAGGCCGUUGGUUACACGGAGGACUCGAGAGUCCUUGACUUUGCUUCCUACGCAUUUGAUGUUAGCAUCGACAGUAUGCUGUUGACUUUGGGGAACGGCGGUUGUCUGUGCAUCCCUUCGGAUGAGGACCGACUGAACGAUAUCAACCAGGUCAUACGCAAUAUGCGGGUCAACUAUGCAGGACUGACCCCGUCGGUGGCUCGCAUCUUGGAUCCAGACGUGAUCUCUUCUCUCAGUGGCCUUGGUCUGGGAGGCGAGGCGGCAUCGGCGAGGGAUGUGACGGUAUGGGGUCAGGACACUCGCAUCAUCAUCGGCUACGGUCCGUGCGAAUGCACCAUAGGAUGCACUGUUAACAGCAGCGCCGCCACGGGCAGGGACUAUAUCUCCAUAGGCCCAGGCAAUGGUGCAGCCAUCUGGGUGGUCGAUCCCAACAACCAUGAGCUACUCAUGCCGGUCGGCGCCGUAGGUGAGCUACUUGUCGAAGGUCCGAUCGUGGGCCAAGGAUACCUGAACGACCCCGAGAAAACGGCGACCGCUUUCAUUCAAGAUCCCCCGUGGCUGAUAGCGGGCCACAGGGACUACGAAGGUCGUCGCGGAAGACUGUACAAGACCGGGGAUCUGGGAAAAUACGACCCAGAUGGCACUGGGGGGAUCGUCUUUGCCGGGAGGAAAGACACGCAGGUCAAACUGCGUGGACAGCGAGUCGAGCUGGGCGAGAUUGAAAGUCAGCUCAGGGCCAUCCUGCCCGCGGAAGCCAGCGUCAUCGCCGAAGUGAUUGUACCCCAAGGAUCCGGCGGGCAGCCGACAUUGGUGGCGUUUGUCACGAUACAGUCUCCAAAGGGACAGGAGAAUACCGAAAUCCAGUCGGCGCAACUCCCCGACGAGCUGCGCAGUGAGUUAUCGAACGCCAAUUGCGAGCUGGCGAAGGUGCUGCCGCGAUAUAUGGUACCCACCGCAUACAUCCCCGUCACCUAUAUCCCGGUCUUGAUUUCCGGCAAGAUCGAUCGCAAGCGACUUCGACAGUUCGGCACGUCAGUCGACUUGCGACAAUUAGAAGAUGAAGCCCCAACCGCCGCCUCGAAUCGACAACUGAAUGAGCUCGAGCAGCGCCUGCGAGAUGCAUGGUGCCAGGUUUUGAAGCUUGAUUCGGACACAAUCCGGCUGGACGAUAAUUUCUUCGCGCUCGGCGGUGACUCCUUGGCCGCUAUGAGGCUAGUGUCGGCCUGUAGAGUGACCGGUCUUGAUCUGUCCGUCGUCGGCACUUUCAACCAUCCAACACUCUCGGAAAUGGCCGGUAUUGUCCACAUCCACGACGCAGAAGCAUCGGCGGAGGUCCUGCCAUUUUCCAUGAUCACCCAGGACGUAGACAGCGCGUGUCUCGAGGCAUCCCAGGUUUGCGGGUCAAGCCCGGAGAGCAUCAAAGAUAUCUACCCUUGCACACCCACGCAGGAGUCUCUCUUCACCUUUUCCCUCAAAUCAAACAAGGCGUACGUUGCUCAGAGAGUCGCCUGUAUUCCGUCGCAUAUCAGUCUCGAAGUCUGGAAAGGCGCAUGGCAGGCGGUUGCCGCUGCAAGCCCUAUUCUACGCACACGUCUAGCCCAACUCCAAGACCCUGGCCUUCAGCAAGUGGUGUUGGAGGAAAGGGUCGCGUGGAGACAUUCGACGGAUCUCCAGCAGUACCUCGAGAACGACCGAGAUGAGAAGAUGAAUCUGGGUGAACGACUGGCUCGAUAUGCGAUCAUUGACCAGUCAGACGAAGGCAAGCGAUACAUGGUCUGGACUGUGCACCAUGUCCUCUACGACGGAUGGUCAGAGCCACAAAUUCUCAAUCACGUCAACAAGGCGCUGCAGGGCUAUCCCGUCGAGCUACAGAGCCAGAUGAGAGACUUUGUCAAGUAUGUACGUGAGACAGAUGAGGUCGCCAUGCAAGAGUUCUGGCGACGAGAGUUAAAUGGAGCCGUCGGACCUCAAUUCCCACGGCUACCUUCCAGAGACUUUCUCCCGACGCCGGACGGCAUGCUUGAGCAUCAGAUACCCCUUGAGACAGGUGCCGGAUGGCCAUUCACAAUGGCUACUUUAAUACGCGGGGCGUGGGCGCUCUUAGCGUCCAAGUAUACGGGAAGCGACGACGUGGUCUUUGGCGAGACGCUGACGGGUCGCGAUAUUUCCUUGCCCGGAGUUGAAAACAUCAUCGGUCCCUUGAUUGCGACGGUACCCGUCCGCAUCCACGUCCAUCGCGCGAUCUCCGUGGAAGCAUACCUUCAGACUGUUCAGCAAGGCAUGCUGGCUCGCACGCCGUAUCAGCAUAUGGGGAUGCAAUACAUUCGCAAGGUCAGCCGAGAUGCUCAGUAUGCGUGCGAGGCGCCCACCGGUUUAGUCAUUCAACCCGAGCCGGAAAUGGCUGCUGAUGAGCUGGGGUUCCAUCAAGGGGAUGUCGUGCGUGAAGCGCUUCAUUUCAACCCAUACCCCCUGAUGAUUGCCUGCGGAAUUCAGAAAGGCGGCUUCCGAAUUUGUGCCAGCUUUGAUAGCAGCCUGAUUGGGGUUGCACAAAUGAGGCGCACUCUCCACCAGUUCGAGUUGGUCUGCUCGCAGUUGAUCAAAGGCCUUUCCAGGCCAGUCGAUGAAAUAUCAUGCCUGCCCGAGGCCGAAUUGGAUCUGAUUUGGGGACGCAACGAGCUUGCCCCACUGUCUUUCGACGCAACCUCAGGGCUGCUGCAAGCUGAAACGCGAGUAAAACAAGGAUCAGAGUAUCCACCCGUUGCAGUUCCUUGGAUCUGUGAUCCGCAAAACCCAUCGCUUCUGUCCCCCAUCGGCUGCAUUGGCGAGCUCUGGUUGGAGGGCAACUUUCUCCCCGGCGAGGCCGCCGAAUCACCAGCUUGGCUCGUUGCUGGAAGCUCAGCCUGCGGGGGGCGGACAGGAAAAGUGCAGGCAACGGGCGACAUAGUUCAGUUACAGGAGGAUGGCAAGCUAGUGUUUCUUGGUCGCAAAGAAGAUGUCCUGCCGGCGCAAGGACAUGCGGUGAACAUCGCAGAACUCGAGGCUCACGUCGCCAGACACCUCCCGCCCGCUGUUCAAGCCGUCGCUACCGUUCUUCAAUCUGCUGGUGGCUCACAGCAUAGUCCGGAGCCUGAGAUAGUCGUUCUCGUCGCAUACAAGGGCUCCGUAGAAGAGAACGUGGAGCUCUUACCAACAGAGCAUGAUAUCAUGACUGAUGCCUCGGGCUUCAAGACGACGAUUCGUGCCGCGGUCCCCGUCAGCGUUGCUAUCGCGCUCAAACGGCUCGACAAAUUUAUCCGGGACUCCCUUCCAUCCUACAUGAUCCCUUCCACGUUCAUUGUGAUCGACGAACUCCCAACUGCGACGGGCCAAGUGGACCGCGAUUCGCUGAAUCAGCUGGCCUCGAGCAUUCCUCGGCAGAUACUCGUCGAGCUCAGUGGGGGGUUUAAGAGGGCAUGGGCACAUAAUGCAACCCAAACGUCUUUGUCACCGGCGGAGCAGAUCCUGCGCUCGUCAUGGGCAAAGAUUCUUGGCCUCAGUCCGGAGAAUAUUGACGUCGACGACAACUUUUUCCGACUCGGUGGUGAUUCCGUCCUCGCAAUGAAGCUGAUAUCCCAUCUUCGCACGCAAGGGCAUGGCUUGACCAUCGCUGAUAUCUUCCAGCACAUGCGUCUUGGAGACGCGGCCAAGGUCCUGAAGAUAGGCCAAGCGUCCACACCCAAGGCCCGGUCAUAUCAGCCGUUUUCGACGCUGGGCCAGAUCCAGGUGGACCAAUUCUUGUCCGAGAUAGUUCGCCCAAAGCUGGCCAAUCGAUCAUGGUCAAUUCAAGAUGUAUCCCCGGUGACCGAUUCUCAAGCACUCGACGUGCGAGCAACCAUCCAACCCCCACGAACCUCAAUCCAAUACACUAUGUUGUACCUGGAGCAAGGCGUUGACCGAGAUCGACUUUUCCGUGCUUGUGAAGGGCUUGUGGAUACUCACGAUAUUCUGCGCACGGUCUUCGUUGAGCACGACUCGACUCUUUUCCAGGUGGUGGUGAAGACGCUCGACGUCCCGGUGAUUACGCAUCACGUCGACGGGGACCUUGAGAAAUCCGUCACCGACUUGUGCAAAGAACACAUUGAGCUGGAUUUCAACCUGGGAUCCUCCUUCCUCAGAAUAUUCCAUGUCGAAACUAAUGAUGGCCGUGGGUGCCUCGUCAUCGGUCUCUCACAUGCGCAGUACGAUGGCGUUUCUCUCCCGCGGCUCCUCCGCGAUCUGGAAAUCCUGUAUUUGGGCCAGAAGGUUGACGACUUCGAGCCAUUCUCCUCUUAUCUGGCCGGUGUCCGGGACGUCCGCGCUCAUGCCGAUGCGCUGAAAUACUGGCGCGGUCUUCUCACUGGCUCCGCAGUGUCCGUGCUAGGCGGGAUCUCGGGACAGCCUACAGACAAAGCCAUCUUCCACGCCAAGCCCGUUGAGGUCUCCGGAGGCCCCGGAGAGAUUACGACGGCAAACCUGCUGACAGCCGCGUGGGCGUUGACGUUAGCUCGUCGACUCCGCACGCGGGAUGUGACUUUUGGCGGAGUAACAUCCGGGCGCAACGUCGACAUCGCCAACGUGGAGAAUGUGAUGGGUCCAUGCUACCAGCUCACUCCCAUCCGAGUCCCCUUCCAGUCCCACUGGACGGCGAUGGAUCUCUUGCAGUUCGUCCAGAAGCAAAGCGGGCAGUCAGCGGCGCAUGACUACCUCGGGUUCCGGGCGAUCUCCCAGCAGUGCACCCAGUGGCCGUCGGAGGUUACAUCCUUUGAUUCUCUUGUUCAUCAUCAAGACUUCGAGGACUUUGACACCAUGCCCUUUGCUGGGGGGACCUGCCGAGUUGACAUUCUGAAUCCCCACGGGGAUGCCGCGUAUCCCUUGAAGGUUGUCUCGUUUGUUCGAGGCGGGCGGAUGCAUGUGGGGAUGGUAGGAACUGAGAAGGACACGGCGCUGGUGGAUGCAGUCUUAGACGAAUUGGCUUCAGUCGUUCAAGAACUGGCGACAUGUUCGUCGGAA